AUGACUCGCCCUCUAAGACCGCGUCACCAUGAGCCUUUGAAAAACGAGCUUGACGAAUCUAGCAGAGGGAUCAAAGACGAGAACGGGAUCAUCCACACUACUACCAGGAGUCUCCGGAAGGUCAAUUACGCUGAUGUCGAGAACAAUUACGACUUUAUCGACGAGGUAGUCGAUGAGGACGACGAGGACGAGGCCGCGGCUCCGGCGGGGAGCCGGCGGAGAGGCCACGCUAUAAAGUCGGACAGCGAGGAGUUCGAGCCCGCCGAGAAAACUGAGGACGAACCAGAGCCGCCUAUUGAAGACCAUACGGCGCAAGAAGUGAGCGGCCCCGAAACCAGGAAUUCCAAAUCCAGAGGCGGGCCUGAUGAAGACGGAGACGAAAGCUUUCACGAAGAGGAUGCUGAGGAUGAGGACGAAGACGCCUUGGCGGGAUCCGAGGACGAAUACUUAUCAGAGGAAUCGAUCCGGAGGAGCCGUCGUAGGGCCGACCGAAACUUUGUCGUGAGCGAUGAGGACGACGAAGAUGAAGACACCAUUGGGGCCUCCAAACGGACAAGGCGAGGCUACAGAACCACCACAACCAUUGAUACGGACGAAGACGACCCGCCUUCUCGCAGGAAUUUUCGGAGCUCCACAAUCCAGGCCCGGCAAGGCAGAAGAAGCGAGAUUUCGCCACCAAGGAAAUUGAGGCGAAGAGCCAGGUCUGCUUAUGGAAGCGAAGAGCGCCAGUCUCGGAGCGACCGGUUAUCACUCGCUGACGAGCUCCGGGAGUUGAGAGAUGACAGCCCUGUUAGAGAAAAGAGGUCUCUGAGAGAGAGAACGAAGCCUGUGAACUACACAUUGCCACCACCAAUUGGAGACACUGCAAUGGACGAAACAGCGAAGCUUGGCAACGCGAACGGAAUACUACCAUACCCCUCUCCAAAAGCGCGCCGUGGCUUGCACGCGGGGCAGAGUUUCGGGCCAUUGAGGCGAUUGUUUCCUACUGGAGGCCCUUUCGGCGGCAAUGAUGUUACAGCGAUUUUCGGCACGAAUACGAACUAUUAUGAUAACGCCGGGCAGGGAACUGCCAACAACAAGCUUCUACUAGAUUCCGAUUCUUCAGAAGACGAAAUCCUGCCGUUGGGAGCGGUGUCAACGAAGCCUAACGAAAGUACUCACAAGAAGAAAAAGCCAGAAAUAGCUGAUCUAGAUCCACUCGGGGUUGAUAUGAACAUUAAGUUUGAGGACGUUGGUGGUCUAGACAACUACAUUGACCAACUGAAAGAAAUGGUCGCACUCCCCUUGCUUUACCCAGAACUGUAUCAGAAGUUUGGCAUCACACCUCCGAGAGGCGUACUGUUUCACGGCCCACCGGGUACCGGUAAGACUUUGAUGGCGCGUGCUCUCGCAGCAAGCUGCUCUACUGAACAACAAAAAAUUACAUUUUUUAUGAGAAAGGGAGCUGACAUCUUAUCAAAAUGGGUUGGUGAAGCUGAGAGACAACUGAGACUUUUAUUCGAAGAGGCAAAAAAGCAGCAGCCGUCAAUCAUUUUUUUUGAUGAGAUUGAUGGUUUGGCCCCAGUCCGAAGUUCUAAGCAGGAGCAGAUUCAUGCCAGCAUUGUAUCAACUAUGUUGGCCCUCAUGGACGGCAUGGAUAAUAGAGGCCAAGUUAUCGUGAUAGGUGCUACAAAUAGGCCGGACGCAGUCGAUCCAGCUCUGCGGAGGCCUGGAAGAUUCGAUAGAGAAUUCUUUUUUCCAUUGCCUGAUUUGAGCGCCCGUUCCAAGAUCUUGGAAAUUCAUACAAAAAAAUGGGAUCCCCCUCUUCCUAAGCCUUUCAUCGACAGGUUGGCGUCGCUGACGAAAGGUUACGGUGGUGCUGACCUCCGAGCCCUCUGUACAGAGGCUGCUCUUAUAAGCAUACAACGUAAAGUUCCACAAAUCUAUCAGUCUGAGAUGAAGCUAAGCAUAAAUUUGGCUUCAGUUAAUGUGAAGGCUCGCGACUUCAUGAUGGCAUUAGAAAAGAUUGUUCCUUCCUCGGCAAGAUCCGCUGGAAACUCUGCACAACCAAUACCUGAAACAGUGGAAGCAUUACUUGACAGCCAGUUCGAGGAAAUAAAAAAGAAGCUCAAAUCAAUAAUACCUAGCGAUUCAAAAUUUCAGCGCAAUGGAGCUUCCACUAUAAAACACUACUUGGAGUAUGAAGUCGAGGACUCUGACGAAGAGAGUGAUGGCUUCUCAAAAGCUGAAUUUUUGAGGAAUAUGGAAAAGGCGCGUGUAUGCAAACCCCGUUUAAUUGUUACAGGGAGUAGAGGUAAUGGGCAGCAAUAUGUUGGAGCUGCAAUCCUCCAUUAUUUGGAGGAUUUUAAUAUGCAAAUGCUUGAUGUCGGGACUUUGGCCAGUGAUAGCACGCGAAGUUUCGAGACAGCAAUUGUUCAAAUCUUUACAGAAGCCAGGAGGCGUCAGCCCUCCGUUUUGUAUAUCCCUAAUUCCGAAAUAUGGCUUCAAGCUGUCCCAGAAAAUGCAAUUUUGAUGCUGGCGAGCUUGUUGAGAUCACUGAGAAGCGAUGAAAAAGUGCUUCUUCUAGCUGUUGCCAAUGGACUCAGUAAAUCAGACAUCCUUGAGGGAUCCUUGUCUCACCUAGAGUUCGAGAAAUUCAUUCACAAAAUUCGGAAGCCUUCCUCUUCUCAAAGAGCCAAAUAUUUUUUGUCGCUCAAACAAAUUUUGAAGACGAAGCCUUCAAGCUUUGAACAGGGCAAAAAGAGGACUAAGCCACUGCCUCAACUUCCAGUGGUAGAAAGCUCCAAAAAAAGCGAAGGUCUCGAUAAAAAUGGCAAUCCUCUCUCUGAGGAGGCAAAACUAAUUCAAACUCUGAAAUCUUUCCAGAACCACGACAUGAAGCUUAAAAAUACUCUCAAGCUGAAGCUGUCGGGAUUGAUGGAUCUCUUCAAGAAUCGGUACAAGAGGUUCAGAAAACCACCGAUAGACGACGCGUUGCUCAUCCAUCUAUUUGAAACGAAUGCCGCAUUACAAGGCAACCCUGACUACCAACCUGCGUACAUCAAAGAAAAUAAUAUGAUUUUGGAGUGCGCUACUGGAAGACGCUUUUUCAAUAUGGACCUGGACAUUGUUGAAGAACGCUUGUGGAAUGGGUUUUACUCUGAACCGCGCCAAUUUCUCAAGGACAUUGAAUUGAUUUAUAAAGACGCUCACACGAGCGGAGAUCGCGAACGUAUAAUAAAAGCUUCGGAAAUGUUCGUCAAUGCACAAAUGGGGAUUGAGGAGAUAUCUGCUCCAGACUUUGUUAUGGAGUGCCGUGAUUCGCGUCAAAGAGAGCUCACUCGUCAAAAACUCAAUCUUGAAAAACAAGCGAAGCUGAAAUCACAGGAGUUGAGCGAAGAACUUCAGGUACGCGCGAAUGAGGUCGAUAUUUCAGAAAAUGACUUAUCUUCGAGUUCAGAAAAAUUUGAGCGAAACAGCUUAAAUGGAAGCCAUGCUCUUCAAGUCGGCGUUGGGUCUGGAGGUCAGCUUCAAUGCCAAGCUCAGAAGAACCCUCAAGAGGAACUACAGGUCGAAGAUGCCACAAAUGAUGAACAGGGUAAUAAUACCGAGAGACAGCUUCCUAAUGAUGAUAUCAAUCCCCUACAAAUCGGAAAUAAUGAAUACAAAAAAGAUGAUGCCGAAGCUGCUGAAAUUGAAGGUGCCAUUGAUGGAAAACACGCGGAAAGCGAAACUCCAAGAAACAGCUCGCCUGAAAACAGCAAAAGUAGCGAGCAGAGCUCACUCUCUGAAGAGGCAUUAAUCGAAGAAGGGGGUCCUCAAGUUGCAGAAUUCAUACUGGAUGAUAAUAAGUUGAAUGACCUCUUAUCUUUGUUGGAACACAGGUCUGAGGGAUUCACAGUGCAAAAGCUUGAAGAAUUGUACGCAUUUGCACUGAAUAUCAUCUGGGAGGAUAGAUUGCUCUGGGAUAGAACAACCACUUUACAUAAACUCCUUACUCAUAUUGAAAACUGGGGAAACUAA